AUGACUGCCCUCACAUGGAACGAAGCUCUCUCUGGGGUCACGGGAUCGAUAAGCCUGGCAUCAUGGAUCUUCCUCUUAGUGCCACAACUCGUGGAGAACUACACGGCUGGCAGCGCGGACGGUAUCAGUCUCACCUUCCUCUUCAUUUGGUUCAUCGGGGACAUUACAAACCUCGCGGGGGCCAUCUGGGCCAGACUUGUUCCCACCGUCACGGCUCUGGCUAUCUACUUCUGCUUUGCGGACGCGAUCCUAAUUGGGCAGUGUCUCUAUUACAACGCGCUGAAUAGACGGAAGGAAGGCGCGAAGGAGGACUUACGGGCGGCGAACGAGCAGACGGCGUUACUGAACGAGAAUGGGGAUGGGAAUGGGCACGUGACGGCUUCGAAGGUUGCGCCGAAGGAACAGCAUAGUUUGAACGAUAUACGAGAGGACAAUCUGGGCUUGCCGGGGAGUAGGAGACGAAGCAGUGCGACUUCCUCGCAUAAACAGACACUUCAGCGCACGCGGACUACGAGCUCCGGCGCAGGCGAUUUGGCCGCUAUCAUGGAAGCUCCUGCCUCUUCUGCCUCGCCUUCCCAAACAAGGGCUUAUGCGAAGAACGCUCUUUCCGUGAUUAUGAUCCUGGUUGUAGGAACAGCAGGAUGGGCCAUUGCGUGGCAGACGGGCGCAUGGCAGCCGACUCCCAUAGGACGCGAGGAUGGUGAUAGCGAACCUACACCACUCGGAGCAGAGAUCCUCGGCUAUAUUAGCGCGGUAUGCUAUCUCGGUGCUCGUAUACCUCAGAUCGUCAAGAACCAGCGGGAGAGGAGCUGUGAUGGGCUGAGUCUGCUAUUCGUCAUCUUGUCCCUCUUAGGUAAUGCCACCUAUGGGAUGGGCAUCUUGUUUCACAGCGUGGAGAGGGAGUACAUUAUUACUAAUCUGCCGUGGCUUAUUGGCUCGAUUGGGACGAUGGGUGAGGAUGCCCUAAUUUUUGUCCAGUUCAGGAUGUUUGGGGAGAAGAAGGUGGUGGAGGAGGGUGAGGGCAGUGCGGUGGAGUGA